GUAGGAAUUCCUUUCCAGUUUCCACUUGACAUAUAAAACUUUCCAAAUAGGAAAUGAACCAGAGGAAGGAGGGCAUAUAGAGGAGGAAGAAGAAAAGGCCCUCUGAUUCAAGUACCUCGUAGUACUGCCUCCUCUAUCUGGAUCUAAGUGGUUUUUGUUCGAUCGACGACUUGUUGAUCUGGUAAAAUGCAAUCUGAUCUUGGCAAGUUAUUCAUUGGUGGGAUUUCCUGGGACACAACUGAAGAACAUCUGAAGGAGUAUUUCAGUGCUUAUGGGGAGGUUCUGGAAGCUGUGAUUAUGAAGGAUAGGACAACUGGGCGUGCCCGUGGAUUUGGGUUUAUCGUGUUUAGUGAUCCCACUGUUGCGGACAGAGUCAUUAAGGAUAAACACAACAUUGAUGGCAGGAUGGUUGAGGCCAAGAAAGCUGUUCCUAGGGAUGACCAAAGCACAAUGAGCCGAAGCAGUAGCAGUAUUCAAGGAUCUCCUGGUCCAAGACGCACAAGAAAGAUUUUUGUAGGUGGAUUAGCUUCCACAGUCACUGAGAGUGACUUCAAGAAGUAUUUUGAGCAGUUUGGGAUGAUAACUGACGUGGUGGUGAUGUAUGAUCACAACACUCAGAGGCCAAGAGGCUUUGGAUUCAUAACUUAUGAUUCUGAGGAUGCAGUGGACAAAGUCUUGUUGAAGACUUUCCACGAAUUGAAUGGCAAAAUGGUUGAGGUCAAACGUGCUGUUCCCAAGGAGUUAUCUCCUGCCCCUACUGCUCGUAGUCCACUGGGGGGUGGAUUUAGCUAUGGCUUAAGUAGAAUCGAUAACUUACUGAAUGGUUAUUCACAAACAUAUUCUCCCAGUGCAGUUGGAGGAGGGUAUGGAGUGAGGAUGGACAGCAGGUUCAGCCCUAUGGCUGGGGGUAGAAGCAACUAUGCCCCGUUUGGCUCUGGGUAUGGAAUGGGCCUUAACUUUGAACCUGGAUUGAGCCCGGGGUAUGGGGGAGGUGCAAAUUUCAACACUACUUUGAACUAUGGCCGUGGGCCUUAUUAUGCUAAUAAUAACAACACAAGUAGGUUUGGCGGUCUUAUCGGGCUUGAUGGUGGAAAUGGAGGAAGCUCUUCCUUUUUCAGCUCCACUCGAAACUUGUGGGGUAGUGGAGGGGUAAAUUAUGAUAUUAACACCACAAACUCAAAUAAUUUGGGUGGGUCUGGGAGUGGAAACCUCGGAGGGGGAAUGCUCAACAGCAGAGGAGUUUGGGGUUCAUCUGGUAUUCCUGCCCAAGGGGGGCGGAAUGUUUCUGGCCAAACUGGAGGAAGUCUUAGUUAUGGAGGUGGUAAUAAUAAUAGCUCUUAUGGCUUGGGUGUAGGAACACCUGGUAGAAAUGUGGCAAGCUAUGACAGGUCUUUUGCUGAGUUUUAUGACAAUGAGUUCAAGUACACUGAAUCUACGUGGGGUGAGCGUGAUGGAACAUUUGCCUAUCUUCCGGGUGGCGGCACAACCUCUGACCUGCCCCCUCAAACUUCUGCAGGUCCUGUUAAUAGUAAUGGUGUUACAAGUAGACAGAAUUACAGAGGACUUGGCAGUUAGGUAGAUUAUGCAAUCAGGGUUUAAUGCUUGUCAAAGCUUCUUGUCGCGGUGAACCAUGAAUGAAUUUUGCAUUACUUCCAUAGCAUAUUUGAAUUUGAGUACGCGAUGAAAUAGUUGGAAAAUUCUUUCCAAGAGCUGACUAGAGAGAGUAAGUUUCUUUUUUUGGGUGAUAUUUUGUGUUAACCAGUUGAGUUUUUCAUUAGAGGUUCCAUUUUUGUCUUUAAGAGUGAGUGUGGUCUAAAUCAGAUUGGCGGCAUAUAGUCAGAAAUGUAUCUUUGCAUCUCCGGUGAGGCGGGUUGAUACAACACAUAAGAACCAAUAGACUAGAUUUUUCUCAAGUUUUAAUUUUUUAGUAUGUGCUUUUUAAUUGUCUUUUCACUGUAAUGACUGCAAAAGUUGCAGAUGUCUCCUAAAUGUUCUGAUUUAUUAUGUCCUAAAGUUUAGGCUUUUAUUUGAAUGUAUGGGAGGUUGUUGAUCUGGUACCCAUAUAGGGCCCCCCUCCCCAUGAAUAAGUACUCUUCAUUUUCUGAAGAACCUUUUACCUUGUUUUAGGUGGUUAAUGAAUACCCAUAUGUUUAUGGCAUAUUGUUUCCCGAGGAAUUUUGAGAUGAGUAUAUUCUUCUUGUGUAAUGUCUUUUAUCAAUAUAAUCAGUUAUUGUCAUUUUCA